AUGGCUCUGCUUCGCCUCAGCCUCUUGCUUCUCUUGGGGGCUUGCUCAGGGUGCAAGCAUCCCCUCUGCCGGUGCUCGGACAGGAUGGCCUUCAUCUGCCAGGAGAGCAGGGUGACCUCCGUACCCCGGGACAUCCCCAGGAAUUCCACGGAACUGAUAUUUUUCCUCACCAAAAUAAGAAUCAUCCCCAAAGGAGCUUUCUCGGGCUUUUCCGAAGUUGAAAAAAUAGAGAUCUCUCAGAACGACGCCUUGGAAACCAUAGAGUCAGAUGUGUUCUCCCAGCUUCCCAAACUCUAUGAAAUAAGAAUUGAAAAAGCAAACAACCUGGUGUAUAUCGACAGAUUCGCUUUCCAGAGCCUUCCCAAUCUCAGAUAUUUGAUGAUAUCAAACACUGCCAUCAGGUUUUUUCCGUCCGUUAACCAGGUUCACUCUUUGCAGAAGGUUGUGCUAGAUAUCCAAGACAACAUAAAUAUACGCAAAAUUGAAAGAAAUUCUUUCCUGGGCUUAAGUUCUGAUCGUGUUGAUAUAAGGCUGAAUAAAAAUGGAAUUCGGGAGAUUGAAAACCAUGCCUUCAAUGGGACCAUCUUGUCCGAGCUAAAUUUGAGUGGCAACUACCACCUUGACAAGUUACCUAAUGAAGUUUUCCAAGGAGCCAAUGGACCUGGGUUUUUGGAUAUUUCAGAGACGAGGAUCAGCCAGCUGCCCAGCAUUGGACUUGAGAAUAUUAACAAGCUCAUAGCCAAAUCUACCUACAACUUAAAAAAGCUACCUCCCUUGGACAACUUCCGUGCCUUGAUUGAAGCGAACCUCACCUAUCCAAGCCACUGCUGUGCAUUCGCAAACUGGACCAAGCAAAAUUCUAUGUUGCACCCCAUCUGCAAUAAGUCCUCAAUCAGAGAAGAUGAAACAGAUUUUGGCCUGGAUGAAAAUGAUUACUAUCACACCCUGUGUAAAGACGAGCUUCCAGUGACUUGCUUCCCUGAGCCCGAUGACUUCAACCCAUGUGAAGACAUCAUGGGCUACAAUAUUCUCAGAGUCCUCAUAUGGUUCAUCAACAUCCUAGCAAUCAUGGGGAACCUUGUCGUCCUCAUCAUAUUAGUCAGCAGCCAAUAUAAGUUCACCGUCCCUCGGUUCUUAAUGUGCAACCUUGCAUUUGCAGACCUGUGCACGGGCAUCUAUUUACUGCUGAUUGCAAUCAAAGACAUAGAGACGAAAAGUCAGUAUUACAACUAUGCCAUAGACUGGCAAACUGGUGCUGGUUGCAACGCGGCUGGCUUUUUCACUGUCUUUGCCAGUGAACUUUCUAUAUACACGCUGACCGUCAUCACUUUGGAGCGAUGGCACACCAUCACCUAUGCCAUGGAAUUAGACCGCAAAGUCCGCUUCCGACAUGCGAUGGCCAUUAUGCUUGUGGGAUGGGUUUUAGCCUUCGCCGUGGCCCUCCUUCCCAUCUUUGAAGUCAGCAGCUACAUGAAAGUUAGCAUCUGCCUACCCAUGGAUAUAGAAACGCCCCUUGCCCAAGCGUAUAUCAUGUUUCUGUUGGUACUGAACAUCCUGGCUUUCCUCAUCAUCUGCACCUGCUACAUCAGCAUCUACUUCACUGUAAGGAAUCCCAACGUCUUCUCCUCCAACAGCGACACCAAAAUUGCCAAACGCAUGGCCAUACUGAUCUUCACGGACUUCCUCUGCAUGGCCCCAAUCUCUUUUUUCGCCAUAUCGGCAUCACUCAAGGUCCCUCUCAUCACCGUAUCCAACUCAAAGAUCCUCCUUGUUUUGUUCUACCCCAUCAAUUCGUGCGCCAACCCGUUUCUCUAUGCCAUCUUCACCAAGACUUUCCGCCGGGAUUUUUUCAUUUUGCUGAGCAAAUUUGGCUGCUGUGAAAUGCAUGCCCAGAUUUACAGAACGGAAACUUCCUCCUCUGUUCAUACCUCCCAUAUGAAAAAUGGCCAUUAUACACCAGCUCCUAAAAUCAGUGAUGGAACAAUAUAUUCAUUAGUCCCUCUGAAUCAUGUGAACUAAAGCAGAAUGUCCAUAGAUUUAUGCCAAGAGUUAUCAAAGGGAAGUCCAGGCUUACCCUAAGGAGACAUGGGCAAAAGAAUACAGAAGUUUCUCCAGGUUCUCAUCCAGCUGCAAAAUGCCCAGAGUUAAGUGUUCUUCAGUCAAUUGAGUUAGGUAUGUAUUAGGCCAGAGUGUCUUGAUUUGGCCAGGUGCUAAAAUGCCUUGGGUGGGAUCCAAGUCGUAGUCAGAAUAGACUCAUUGAAAUCAAUGGGAGUUAAAUUAAUCAUAACUAAAUUAAGACCUAUU